CUUGGCUAUAUAUAUAUACAUAUAAUAUAUGUUUAUAUACAAUAUUAUACAUGUGAGCUACAAUAGCAGGAUACAGUAAAUACUGAUCAGGAGGAACUACAAUGGGACGCUCGUUAAACAUACGCUAAUCCUUCGUUUCUCCCAUCCGAGAUCAGGGAAUUCCUGCCUAUAGGAUUCCUUAUUUAUAAAUAUGAUAUGUUUGAUUAUGACCUUCCUAAGGGGGUUUUGGCAUGGAAUAACACCCUUCCUUCCUUAAUAAUAAAACUAAUAAGCAAACCAUGUAUUUUCAUGGUUUAUUAUUUCAUAAACUCGAUAUACUUUAGAGUUUAAAACAUAUUAAUAUCUUUAUCGAUACCAGCUUGGGAUUUUUCUCAGGAAAUCAGAGUAUUGGCAACCAUAGUUAUAGUUAGAGUGCAUUUAAAUGAGCAGUUUAGCCCCUAGAUGGCGCUGUGGCAUCCGAGACAAGGAAUAUCAACACAGAAGAACAAGUCUUCCAUAACUUGACGUCACUUCCGCUGACCGCUGCUAAAGGCGAUCAUCCCGAGCGCCUCCCUCCCAUCGAUGCUGCGCCUCAUCCCGGCAUGGUGGUGCCUGCAGUGCCGCCGUGUGAGCCUUUUCCCGUUAAACGUCAGACGGUGUGUGACGGUCAGCACAGCGGAGAACCAGCAGACCGUGGAGGCCCUCUAUGACCUCUCCGUGGACAUCCAGAAGGUCCGAAAGCUGAGAGGCUGGGUCUUGCACCAGAGUCCGGCCUACGCCAAGGAGGUCGCAGACAUGCUGAAGGACCUCGGGGCCUCGGAGGCCGCCAUCUCCCACAUUUUAACCGCUCACCCCGAGGCUGUGCUUUGCAGCCCCGAGCAAACGCUUGCACAGAAGGAGCUGUGGACGUCGGUGUGCCCCAACCGGAAGGAACUGGUCGGCAUCAUAGAGAAAUUCCCAGCCUCCUUCUUCACAUCCUCGCGCCACCACGACAACCAGCGCAGCAACAUCACUUACUUCCAGAGCCUGAACCUCAACAAGCGAAUCAUCGCCAAGCUGAUGGCCGGCGCCCCGCAGAGUUUCAGUCGGCCGGCGGAGCAGAACGAGGACAUGGUACGCACCCUGCAGCGCACCUACCGGGAACUGGGAGGGGAGGAGGACAACAUGAAGAUCUGGCUUCAGAAGCUGCUGACCCAGGACCCUUUUGUCCUCCUCAAAGCUCCCCAAGUGCUGAGGCAGAACAUGCUCUUCCUCCGAGACAGAGGCUUCACCACUCCGGAGCUCCUCUUCCUCCUCUCCAAACUGAAGGGCUUCGUCACCGAUCUAAACCCGGACAGCAUGCGCCUCACCCUGGCGUUCUCCCGGGACACCUUGGGCUGCUCCGAGGAAGAGCUGCGCCACAUCAUCCUCAGCUGUCCCGCCUUGCUUUACUACCGGGAAGACAUCCUGGCCGAGCGCUUCUGGGGGCUCCGUGACGCCGGCGUCAGCGUGCGUCAAAUCGCACAGACCCCCACCGUGUUGGAGCUGACCACCCAAAUAGUCAAGUAUCGCAUCCAGAGACUGGAGUCUCACGGUUUCGAUGUGAGGACCGCCGGGCUGGACAUCCUGACGGGCACCAAAAAGGACUUUGAGAUCCGCUUUGGGAAACUCCAGCUCCGCAGACAGAGGCCUCUUUUUAAUCCUGUGGCGCCUUUAAAAGGAGACGACUGACAUCGCCUCAUUGGCUGAUGCAGGGGUGUCCAACGGGCGGCCCGGGGGGCGUUUGCAUUUUUUUAUUGGCUGGCGGAUCAUUUUAGAAACUAAACAUCAGCAGCAAACGCGACCCUCGUGGGGAUGAGCGCUAGAAAAUGGAUGGAUGAAUCGUCACUCGCUGCACGGUGGUUGAGUGGUUAGUGUGCAGGCCUCACAGCUAAGACACCCGGGUUUGAUUCCCCCCUCAGGCAGUUUGCAUGUUCCCCCCGUGCAUGCGUAGCUUUUCACCGGGUACUUUGCUCUUUUUCUUGUUAAAUUCCAACAUUUGACUUUUCCUGUGAAAUGACUGCAGUCAGUUUUUCAUAAGGGGGCGUGUCCAAUAAUUAUCGGUACUGAUACUUAUCUGCGUGAUAUCAGCAUAAAACGUAUGGUGGCUUUUUUCCCGAUCAUGAAAAGCGUUGUUAAACAAAUGCUGUAUCCAACAUGUGUUCACUCCGCCCCAGGAGGUACGUCAUGGUAAACAUAUCCGUGUCCACUGAUGUCGGAAAUUGACAGUUGGACAAUAUCGGCGUUUUCGACAAAAAAGCCAAUAUCAGACAGCCCUAAUUUAAUGUCUGCAGGCCACAAAUGAUCAUCAGCGUGAAUAUUCCUGUGGUGUCCCCAUGACUGCACACGUAGAAAUAAAAAGCAGAUGGCCAAGGUGAAGUUUACCUGGAGACAAAGGUUUUAUUUACGCCAGCAAAUGUCCCCCCUCCCACCCAAAUGUUCUCUCCCCCGAAAGCAAUCACUUUUAUUGUUGCUCUACAGAUGGUGGCUCUUUAUCGGAACCCAUUUCACCCGUGAAAAUGUUCCAUCGUUACCGUUUUUCCAAAACAGACGCAAGACGAGGUUUCAGGGAGAAAUGGCCCCACGCCACCUCCACCCGUUGAGCCGCUUCCUGGUUCUAUCUGCUGGCUUCGAGCUCUGGCGUUCCUCGUCAUCUUUUAAACGUGUCCUACUGUUUCCAUCGCCAUCUAAAGCCAGGCUGCUUCUAAGGAGGGUUGCUUUCCCAGCUCGUGAAGCCGUCACGGGAUGCCUUGGGGCGACCUGCCUGCACGCCCUCGUGAUGGAACCUGGGUGUCCAGGGGGUAUCCAGGGGGUGUCUGGAGGGUGUCCAGAGGAGCGAGAAGAAAACAUAUACCUUAACAACCUCCACCUCCCAUCUGCUGCCGUCUGCAUCACACAGCAUGACUGUGUCGUCAUGGCAACGGCCCAAGUGAGAGCAUGAGGUAACCAUGAAGGUGAGCUCAGCAGAUGGAUGCUCGACCGGAGACCCUGUGGAGCUCCUUCACGACAGCGCUGCUUCGAGUACGCGCAUCUGCUCGCCGCCCGCCACUUUCACACGUGAGUAUUUCCUUAUGUCAGUGGUGGCCAAAGUGAGGCCCGGGGGCCAUUUGUGGCCCAUGGCACAUUGUAAAAAUAUCAUUAAGCAAGGAAACUAAAUAAAAUCCAUCAAAAAUAGAAAAAUCAGCAGUCAUUUCACAGGAAUAAAGUCAAAAAAAUUAAGAUUAAUUUUGCAAGAAUAACUUUUCGCUUCAUUUUUGUAACGUAAAAUUGGAAUAUUUAGAAUUACCAACUUAUAUAAAUUAAAAGUGACAAGAAAAAAGGUGGCUAUUCUAGAAGAAUAAACUGAAUAUUAUGAGUAAAAUAAUUUAGUUUUUGUAGCAGAGGUGAAACACUUCAAGAAUUUUUUUUUUAAUUCAUAAUGUUAUGAGAAACAAAGAAAACACAAUAAAGUUAUUAUUUUUGGUUAAUUAUGCUGUGGAAAAAAAUGAUCAUCCAUCCAUCCUUUUUCCAUCCUCCAUACUGUAUAUUAUCCAUAUACGUAUAUACUGUGUAUUAUCCAUGUAUGUGGAUAAUAACAGCCAUCAUGCAGCUGGUCUUGUGGAAAACAUUUCUAUCAUCCUAAGCAGGAAAUAGAAUGCCUGAAGUAAAUACAGAAGACACUUUUCUUCUGUUAGUUUAUUUGUAUUGCAAUGACAACCACAAACCAAUCAAACAUAUUGGCUACACUAAAGAAGAUAUAUUAUAUAUAUACUAUAUAUAUAUUUGUCCGAUGCUUAGAGAAUUGGUGGUUUUAGUGUAUGGUCUGCCCAGCAGUAAGUUGGCCCUAGGUCCUGUAUGUGGGUGUGGCGCCCUCUAGUGCAAAUCGCACGCUACUUCUUUUCUAAAGCUCCAAAAACCUAUGACAUAUUUUAGUUAAAACAUAUGAAAUUCCAUUGGAUGAUCCAGCAAAUACAACAAAUGACUUAAGGCCUCGUCUUCAUUUCUUCAAGUGCUUGGUCUUUCUUGAAUACUUGGAAUUCAUACUUGAUGCCGUUCUCCUCCUGAAUUCCUGUUGGCAGGCCAGCAAAUCUAAUUUGGAGACAACAAGAAAUGUCACUUAGUUGACUGCAAAAGCAAACAUGACAAAUGGAUGAGACCACACGUACCUCUCCUGCCUUUUGAACACUUCUUCAUCCAAGUCGGGGAAGAAGACGUCACAGUCAAAGCUGGCCUUGACGUCUGUCAGGUAAACCAAAUCACACCAGCGAUGCUGCAGAGCAUCCUGCCCAAAACACAAGAGGACCCCAAUGAAAAGGGGCGGGGCGAGCGACGGCCUCCGCUUGCCUGAAGGUCUAUUUAGCAAACGUCCGGAUCAAAGUUGUGCAACAGCCGUGUCGUGACCUUGCUAUCUGAGUGCCGCCAACGUUUACCUUGUACACUCGUGUGCCUCCAGCGAUCCAGAUGGUCUCCACCAAGUCUGCUAGUGG